AUGCAUUUAUCUCGAACAAAAAUAUUUGUUGAUUUUAUGAAAAGUUAUACUAAUGAAAGAGUUUAUAUUGAGAUUCCUGAUAAUACCUGGCCGAUUGAUGAACCAAUAAGUCAAGAAAUAACGAUUCCUAAUAAACCAAAAAUACCAUCACCAUUUGAUCGAUCAAAAUUAAAAGAACAAAUUGAAAAUAAACAAACAUGUUCCCAACUUGAUCUAUUAAAAAUGCCAGAAGAAUGUGAUCAAUUAUUAAAUCUUCAAACAAUUAUUCAUCAAAAAGAUGAAGAAAUUCAUUGUGGAGAUUUAUUUGGGACUGAUUCAACAUUUGAUAUAACAUGUUCACAUCAUGAAUUAAUUCUUUCAACAACAUCAAGUCCAACACAAAUUGAACCAAUUCAUGAUGAUAAUAGUGGAAAUUUUAAUGUUACAAUUGAUGAUCUUUUUCUAGCAUCUCAAACAUCUCAUUUAUCAGCAAUAUUACAAAUAAAUAACAUUAAAUUUCAACAAAAAAAUCUUUUUGAUGAUGAUGAUGAUGAUGAUGAUGAAUUAUUAGAAGCCUUUAAUAAACAUAUUCAAUUAUCAUCAUCAAAUCAAAUAAUUAAUCCAAGUCCAGUGUUAGUUCUUACAAAUAGAGCUAAUACACAAAUUCAAACAGUUGAUAUUACACUUCCAAAAUUUGAUUUAGAAUUUAGUUUUGAUGAUCUUGAUAACAGUGAUGAACAAAAUAAUAAUAUUCUCCAAACGCAAGUCUUUAUCUAA